GAGAGGACUUCCAUUUUCUGUGUAAUGCUUUUCUUUCUAAAGAAGCAGAAACAAAGUGGGAAUCUCUUCAUGCAACUUUUAAUAAGCCAUCCUUUUCCCCUACAUACAACACAACUGAUUAUUGACCCAUAUAUUUAACUCAUGCAUCUCCUUUUUCAUUUAUCUUUCUAAUUUCAGAAAUUUCAACUUCAUUUCCCAUUUCUGCAUAAUAUUUACAGACAACCAUGUCUUUGAGCCCUCCAAGAGCCAACGGCAAUGGGAGCUCCACCCUCUACUGGUGUUACCAGUGUCAUCGGACAGUUCGGAUAGCGUCCGAAGAUCCGUCCAGCAUCAUCUGCCCCCGGUGCCUUGGCCAAUUUCUAUACGAAAUCGACAUGGCGAGACCGCAACCUGUUCUUGAAUUCACCGCAUUCGAUCCCUCCCCGGAGGCCCGAAUUCUUGAAGCAUUGGCCCUCAUGCUUGAUCGUCCACUUGGAUUCAACCACACUAGAACUGAUGGCCCGAGUGAUCGGGCCUCAAUUAUGGGUCAAACACGGGCUCAUGGCCGGAGAAGACGGCGUCAUAGGGAGCCAGAAGAGGGAGGAAACGAAAGCUGGUUCCGGAGAAGGGGUCCUUCGUUGGGUGAGGAGGAUGACGACGACGAUUGGGGUCCAGACAGUGGGAGAACCUGGAUUGUUCUCCGGCCCACGGGCCAUAUCCCUGCAAACAGAAACAGGCCAAGAGAGAGGCUACUCCCACCGGGUGUAGACCCUAGGAACUACUUCACUGGGCCAGGACUGCAAGGGCUGAUCGAGGAGAUAACUCAGAACGACAGGCCCGGACCGCCACCGGCUCCAGAUUCGGCUAUUGAUGCUAUUCCGACAAUUAAAAUUGCACAAACACAUCUGGAGACAGACACUGAAUGCCCCGUUUGCAAGGAAGAAUUAAAAAUAGGGACGGAAGCAAGAGAGUUACCAUGCAAACAUAUCUUCCAUUCUGACUGCAUUGUUCCAUGGCUGAGGCUCCAUAAUUCUUGCCCCGUAUGCCGCCAUGAACUCGAGAUUCCGAAUCAAACUUGUGAAGAUGAAUCCCACCAAAUCCAUGUUGAAGACAGGAGGUGCCCACGGCUGAGGAGGAUGGCAGACAUGUGGCCGUUCCGCUCCAGAUAUCGGCCACUUCGUCCACGUGGAGAUGGGGCCGGACAUCGCCAUGCUGCUGAAUCUUGGAGGUGUAAUAUACUGUAGAGCACGCAGCAAAAGACAGAAGACAAAUGAUAUUUACCAUGGUUCUGGUGUUCAAGAUCAGCAGUGAUGAAGUAUUAUAGAAGGCAUAGGAAUUCAACAGGAAACUUAUAAUUAAGAAAAGUCAUCAUAUGUCGGAUUAAAGAAUCACAUCAUUCAACCGAAUUGCAUAUGAAAAAAUGCAACCAACCAAUUCUGUUCAUAUUUCA